AUUGCUGUUAGUGUCAAGUAGACAGCAUUUUGACAUUUGUUUUUAUUUGAAUUGAAUGGAAAAUAGAAUUUUUUGAUAAAUUUGAGUUUUUAUUUUGUCUCGUAAAGCCUAUCGAUUCAUGAAUACGAAAUCGUAGGUAAAUCUCAUUUUUUUAAUGUCCAUACUGAUUGAAGUAUUUGUCUGUACUUUAUCUCAGCUAGGCGUGAAGAACACGUCAAAAACAUACAUAGUUGACGUGUUUACUAGUGCAUCCUACUCAAACAUCGUAAGAUACGUGCCUAGUAAAAAUGGUGAAGAAGAAUAGUUUCCAAGUGGCUUUGAAUGAUAACACGUAAUAUUAUAUUCACGGAAUAAAUUCUUAUGUUAAUUUCAUUAAUAUGAUACCUAAAAACUACAGCAGCGCUAUUUUACGCUCACUUUUUGCAUCAAUCCUGCUCAUCCACUGUGCCAAUUCUUCAGCAAUAGAUAUAUUUGUAAAAAAGAACAAAAGUACCGAACCAAGCGGGCUAUAUUCACUGAAAGACGAUGUAGAAAUCCUGACGGCAGAUAAUUUCAAAAACGAAAUAUACAGCAAUGAAAGAGCCUGGUUUGUGGAGUUUUACAACAGCUGGUGUGGAUUCUGCCAAAGAUUCGCACCAUCAUGGAAGGCUCUGGCGACUGACGUUAAGGCCUGGGGAGAUCUAGUAGGUAUAGGAGCCAUCGAUUGUUCAGAUGAAGCAAAUCAUCCUCUGUGUAGGAAUUUUGAAAUUAUGAGUUACCCUACUCUGAAAUACUUCCAUGAAAACUAUGAAGAAGGUCCAACUAAUUUCGGGCUGCCAGUAGAGGCCGGCCAAGAUGUAGAUGAACAUAGAAAAAAACUACUGGAUGUCCUGAUAAAUGAGCAAACGCAGGGUCGCGGCAAACAUCUACCAAACUUGUUACCGUUCUCAGGAAAACCGGUCCAAACAUUACAUGACGAUGUUGAGUAUUUGAUAUUGAUUAUACAAAAACCUACUGACUACAUUGGUCCAGAACUUGCCAUGGAUCUGCAUAAAAUAAAAAAUAUAAAAGUCAAAUACACUUACGAUAACAACACAGACCUUGUUGAUGAGUUGAAGCAAAAGGACUUUCCUCAGUUGUAUGUCUUUGGAAGGAAAGGUGACAGAAAACUGGUUCCAAUAUCAGAACAUUCUAGAGAUGGAUACACAAAAGCCAUCAAAGGCUUUUUGAAGGACAGGCACAUAGCUGUGUCUGCGGAAGGCUCUAAAAAUUUGUUUGCAGGGAAGCAGGCAGAAGCUGAGGUACCUGACAUGGCAACAUUCUUGCACAAAAAAGAACAAGACGCUCUGAAAGAAAGGGUAAAAAAGAUCGGCGAUGUCGUAUUCCAAAUGGACUUGGAGACCACUCUAAGAUAUUCCCUGAAACAUGAAAUUGUUGGUUUUAGAGAAAUUACUGGCGAAAGGUUGGAUGCCCUCAAAGCGUACUUGGACGUAUUGGUGAAGUAUUUUCCUUUUGGAAAGUAUGGACAUAUGUUUCUGAUUGAGCUCAGGGAUUUUGUUUCAAAUAAGAAGCAUGUUAGAGGGGAAGACAUAAAAAUAUUGGUACAAGAUGCUGAAAAGGAUAGCAGACAGGUGUUUUCUUCACCAGAGCAGUGGCUGGCAUGUAAAGGCAGCAUCUCGAAACACCGCGGCUACCCCUGCGGUGUCUGGAAACUCUUCCACUAUCUCACGGUCAAUGCCGCCGAAGCCAGUCCUCCGACCUCAGACCCCACAAUGGUUCUAACAGCCAUGUACGGUUACAUCAAGCACUUCUUCGGCUGUAGCGAGUGUAGCAAACACUUCCAGCAAAUGGCUAAACGCAGGAACCUGUGGGGUGUGAGCUCGUGGGACGAGUCGGUGUUGUGGUUGUGGAUGGCGCACAAUGAGGUCAACAAGAGGUUGGCAGGGGAUGAAACGGAGGAUCCGGAGUUUCCCAAGGUGCAGUUUCCGACUAAGGAGAGGUGUCCCAGGUGCCACAAUUCCGACGAUUCCUGGAACCUCCCCGAAGUUCAGCAGUACCUCAGGCACAUGUACGCCGGAAUCAAUGUGCGUUACAUUGGUUCAGACACCAGGAUCCUUCAUCUUGGACUCAACGGUUCCCCAAAGGCUGAUGAUGUGUUUAGGACAGUGGACACUUACAUGUGCUUCGUGUUGUACGUUGCGUGCUUCACGUUUCUUGUGGUCUUGAUUAAUUUGGUUUGGAGGAGGAGGAGGAGGUAUAGGAAGAAGGCUUACGUGCACGAUUUGUUGGGGAAGGUUUAGAAUGAGGUUGUGAAAUUUUUAUUCAGAAACAUGAACGAAUUUGCAAUACUUGAUAUCCUUUGGAAAUACCGAGUUACAUGAACGCAUCGAAGUCAAGGGUUUACGAGUGACUGUUUUGUACUCGAAAUAAAAUUACUGCAUUUUUGUUUUGAGGGAGCUAGAUUACCGGAUAUAAUCGACGGUCUCACACAUUUACUUUUCAAUUUGUUGUUGUGCAGCAGGAAAAAUGGAUUUGCUAUAUUAUUUAUUUGUAUGUGGAGUGAAUUAAAGUCCAUAUUGUCAUGAUGAUGUUUAUAAAUUAUGCCCUGAUGUGAUUUAUUUUUCAACUGAUUUGGUGUCGAAAGAGAUUUAAAAUAAUGUGGCAAGUUGGUAAAAAAAAUGUUAUAAAUUCGUCAUCAUUCCAGUUAUCAGAUAAGUAGUUAAUAGCGAUAAUUUGCUGUGUAAAAAAGAUUGCUUAAACGGAAAACCGUAACAGCAUUAAAAAGUCCAGAAUAGAACCGAGUUUUGCUUUAGAAGCAUGUUUGGACUGCACACUUGUAAAAUGAAAGCCAAAGAAACUAUCUUUUAGUAAAUGUUUUUUUAUUUUUUGACUGUCUCGUAUAGGUGUAAACGGGCUAAUGGACAAUGCAAUGCUCUCACGGUAAUACUAUAUACAUAUAUAUUUAUAUAUACACUAAUGGGCAAGAGUAUAUAGACAAAUUAAUAUUGUAAUUUAUUUCUUUUUUAGCUUGUUUUAUUAAUACACCAACGUGUAUACAUAAUUGGUUAUAGCAUAAUACUCACUUAUACAUAAAUAAAUUUAUUAGACAUGCUUUAGUAUAACUGUGUAUACAAACUUAUCCAUAAUGCCAUCUAUUCUAUGUAAAGGUCCCAUCCCAAACCCCGAAAAGCACCCCCAAACCAUAACAGACCCGCCUCCAUGUUUGACAGUGGGCAAAGUGUACUUGGAGUUCAAUCUUUGUCCACUAGGACGUCUAACGUAAUGAACACCAUCUGAUCCAAACAUAUUGAACUUGAAUUCGUCACUGAAACAUACCCUCUUCCAGUCACAGAUGCUCCAAUCAAGAUGCAACCGUGCAAAUUGGAAUCGGUCCUUACGGUUUUUCCUCGAGAUAAGCGGCUUCCUACUCGGGCGACGUGCAAAUAACUUCAAAUCAUUUAACCUUCUACUUACAGUUUUCGUAGAAAUACUGACAAUUCCUUUUGUCUCGAUUUCGGCUUUUAUUUGUCUUGGGGUUUCAAACGGAUCUUUGGACGAAAUUACUUUGAUUAAUCUAACUGAUCUAGCAUUUAGUUUUCUAGGCCGAUCACUUCUCUUAGCUUCUUCCAAGAUACCUUUUUGUUUAUAUUUGUUCAAUAUUGCCGAAACUUUUUUUACGCUUCAGCUUCAAAUUUUUGGCAAUGCCGACUUGACGUUGACCAUCUUUGUAUAACUCAAUGAUCUUAGUUUUCACAUCGAAAUAAAUUUCUCGACCAAGCGGCAUGGUCUUAAAAUCACUCAACUUAUUCCACAAUACUUGAUGAACACAAACUAAUCCUCUUCUGACACGAAACUGUACUAAACUAAUGUUGAAAAGAAUUUAGUUUUUUUACUAAUAACGCAUUUGUUUAUGGAGCAAUGAAGUAUGAAUUUGUUUUCUAAAGGUAUUUAGGUAAAUAUUCAUAUUUGUCUAUAGACUUUUGUCCAUUACUGUAUAUAUACUGCCAAGUGAAGCACGGAGACGGUAUUUUACCGGAAAAAAGGCGUUCAAGCUUUCAACCUCUGAUUCAUUUUUGAGACACGUUAAACAAAAAUAUGGGAUUUUAGGGAAACUGUUGCCAAAAAAAGUUGAGAUAUCCUCGUUGUGCUUAGUUCGGCAGUGUCUUUUUUUUAAACUCGUAUUAUACGUUUUUAAUUUUUAUUUCCACUAAUAAGUAUACCAAACCCAGUGAUACUAAUCUUCUAAUUCCCCAAUUCCGUGUCAGACUUUUCUAUAAUUUAAGCUUAUGUUUAAACGCAUCACAUAUAGAACAAUUUACUUUGACGUUGCAUAACCGAGAUCGAGGUGCUUAGAGUUUAUUUGUAUGCGUAGGCGGUGGCUCAAAUCAUUGAUUAACGUAAUCUCGAAAAUAGUCAACAAAAUACUAUAAUAUUCUGGUGUCCAAAAAGGAUUCUGAAAGAGACUAGCGCCACCUGCAAGAUAGCGGAACACAUACACAAUUUAGAAACCCAAUUUGAAAGGAGUUUGGUUCUGAUAUUGUCUCAUAGAUGGCGCUAUGGCCUUAUUUCUUUUCUGUAAUGCCUAUUUAAAUUGGAUAUCUUGAGGCGCUAAUUAAUAUGUUCCACCUGAAAAUACCCCAAUUGAAAUAGGGACUAGACGCCGUCUAUCAGACAGUAGCAAAACUAAAAACUCUAACUUCUAUCAAAGUAGAUCUCUAAAUUCAUUUUUGUGAUCCGAUACUUGUUUGGACGUCGGGAAAGUACGGUCUUCGCAUACCCGGACUUUUGAAUCCCGGGUUUCGCCUAUUUUUUUUAAAUACCUGGGUAGCGGGUUCGUAUUCGGGUAUUUUCAAUUCUAAAUAAAACUUCACACCACCCAUCAGUUUGAUCCAAUAAAAUAUAUAUUUAUACAUAAAAAAAUAAACUUCUUCAUAGCAAAAUAAUAAUAGAAACACGAUGACGUGUCUUAAAAAAUCAUGCAUAAGGAAUCCUAACGAACAUUGAUAAAAAAACUCCUUAAUAGCAAAACGACAUGAGUUAACAUGUAACAAGACUUCUAAUAGAAGAGAGAUCUAGGUUAUACAUUUUAAAGCAGAGGAUAAUUGUAAACAGUCCAGGCAGGUUAUCUUUAAUUAAUAUAUGAUUUAUUAAUGAAAUAAGAAUAUCAAACCGUCAAGGGAACGAUCAAUGAAUAACUAAUUUUGAGCACGAGUAGACAAGUAUCUUCGAGUAUCUGAUCUAAAAAAAAUUCUGGUUCGGUUUCGCUGCAUAAUCUUCUUCAGAAAGGACCUCUUUUGAUGUGCAUCAAAUAGCGUUAAAAAUUGUUGAAAUGACUUUUAUAAACACAUUCCAAAAAUCAUUUUUGCGCCUGACAAAGUUUUUCUCGGUCUUUAGAUCAUUCUCAACAAAAAAGAUCCUUAUGAACUUUUCUCUAAGUACAUAGUUUAUUACGCUGGAAAAUAAAGAUUCCCCAUUUUUAUUGAUACCCGUGUCCCCGGGUUUUUUGUCAAGUAUUGCCCAGAUCCGAAAACUCUUGGAUACCCGGGUAUACCCGACUCGAAAACACUACGAGAUACAGUAUGUAGUUCUUUUUAGGUAGAUUACGUUAAUCAAUGAUUAAAUAGAUAGAGUAGGAACAAACAUCUAACGGAGCAAGUGAUACAUACGAGUUAUCCAAUGAUUUAUACAAAAUAUAUAGUGAUAAAUAAUGAAGUAGCAAUUUUCUUCAACAGACAUAUCCUUCUCCAUAUUUUAAGACAUUUUGCAGCAGAAACUAUAUGAAUAAGGAAAAAGUAACAGUAUUUUGAUCUCUUGCCUUUUAUCCAUUCAACGAACUGUUAAGAUUAAGUUUGUACAAAAUGGCAGUGAACUGUAUAUUGCAU